AUGGCGGAUAAACGGAAACUACAAGCUGAAAUCGAUCGAUGUCUGAAGAAAGUGACGGAAGGAGUGGAGCAGUUUGAGGACGUCUGGCAAAAACUUCACAACGCAGCCAACGCCAACCAGAAAGACAAAUAUGAAGCCGACCUCAAGAAGGAGAUCAAGAAGCUGCAGCGUCUCAGAGACCAGAUCAAGUCGUGGCUGGCGUCAAGUGAGAUCAAAGACAAGAGGCAGCUGGUGGAAAACCGCAAACUCAUAGAAACGCAAAUGGAGCGUUUCAAAAUCGUGGAGCGAGAAACCAAGACCAAAGCCUACUCCAAAGAGGGUCUGGGCCUGGCCCAGAAAGUGGAUCCAGCCCAGAAGGAAAAGGAGGAGGUCGGCAACUGGUUGACGAACACCAUCGAUACGCUCAACAUGCAAGUGGACCAGUUCGAGAGCGAGGUGGAGUCCCUGUCUGUUCAGACCCGCAAAAAGAAAGGAGACAAAGAGAAGCAGGUCCGCUUGGAGGAGUUGAAAAAGUACAUCGAGAAGCAUCGCUACCACAUCCGGAUGCUGGAGACCAUCCUGAGGAUGCUGGACAAUGACUCGCUGCUGGUGGACUCCAUCCAGAAGAUCAAGGACGACGUGGAGUACUACCUGGACUCGUCGCAGGAUCCCGACUUUGAGGAGAACGCCUUUCUCUACGACGACCUGGAUCUGGAAGAUAUGACCGCGUCGCAGGUGGCGACGUCGCCUCCGGGACAGUCGCACUUGGAGGACGAGAUCUUCAGCAGCACGCCCACGUCUCCCACGUCAUCCUCGCCCGUCCUCCCCUCGUUUGCUAACGCGGCGUCUCCUGUGAAGAACAGCAACUCCUCCUCUUUCUCCUCUUCGUCGUCGUCCUCUUCAUCGUCCUCUUCCUGUUCGUCUUCGGGACUGACCUCUUCCUCCUCGGUCUCCACGGCGACCGGCCGAGGGGUUCUCCUCGCCGACGCCACCGAGCGAGACAAAGCUCCCAACGGGCCCUCUGUCGCCCGUCCAACGGCCUCUUCGCUCCCCAACCGUUGGACUUCCAACCCGCAACCCUCGGGGGCGCCGGCAUCCCCGAGCGAUUCCGCCACGUACGCCAAGAUUUUGGCGUCUCAAAGUUCACCCGGCGUCAUAGGCAGCGGCUCGGGGUUCUUCCCCGGACCCCGACCGAGGCAGAACGGUGACACGGACGAGCGCCUGAUGCCGGGCGACCUCGGAGAACUCCUGCAAGGUUACGGCGCUACAGACUCCGCCCCCAACAACCAAUCACAAAGCUGCCAAUCUUUGUCUUUGACGUCCAUAGCCAAUCCGCUCAAAACGCCAUCUCCUAGCUUACUGGUGUCAAUUUCAUUUUCGACGGGCUCUCUAUCGCCCCCCUCUUAUAGCGAGGCCAAGAUGGGGAACAGCAGCAGUGCUCUGCUCAACGGGGCGCUUUCUUACCCCUCCUCAGAUGCCGUCAAGGAACCUCCGAGCAGCUUGAAUUCCACCGUGGACGGAGGAGACGUCAACUUGCCGCAGCUCAACGCAGAUGCGUUCCCCUGUACUCCGUCGUCAGAGGCCAGCGUCCCUCCCACUCUGGGCGUCUGCCCCUUAGGCCCCGCCCCUUUAUCCAAAGAGCACCUCUACCAACAGACUUUGGAGGAAGCCGUGUGGGCGCGCAUGCCGCACCCGUCCGACUCUGAGAGAAUCAGGCAGUACUUGAUGAGGAAGCCAUGCCCCACGCUCCCUUUCCACCACCAGUUGCCGCCGCCUCACUCUGAUUCGGUGGAGUUUUACCAGCGACUCUCCACCGAGACGCUCUUCUUCAUCUUCUACUACCUGGAGGGAACGAAGGCUCAGUACUUGUCGGCCAAAGCGUUGAAGAAGCAGUCGUGGCGCUUCCACACCAAGUACAUGAUGUGGUUCCAGAGGCACGAGGAACCCAAAACCAUCACUGAUGAAUUUGAGCAGGGGACGUACAUUUACUUCGACUACGAGAAAUGGGGCCAGCGCAAGAAGGAGGGUUUCACUUUCGAGUACCGCUACCUGGAGGACCGUGACCUUCAGUGA